AACACUUUCAAAACAGCUGUCAUUUUCGUCGUCAUCAGCAAUCUGUCAUUUCGGUUGACUGUUAUCUCUAUUUUUGUGCUAAAAAUAUAUAAUUGAGGAGUGUGAAAAACUUUCCUUUGUGUUUAUAGUACAUGACAAACUAUAAAGUGGCGUGAAUAAGUUUUCUACAAUGUCGAAAUUCGAGGAUAAUCCGUUUAGUGAUCCAACCAUAGACAACCCAUUCGCAGACCCUGCGGUGCAGCAGGUUGCCAGAAGUACUAAUAAUGCUACACGAGGUCUCGACGACUACAAUCCCUUCGAUGGCCAACAAAAUGCAAAUCAAGCUACGCCACAGCCCCCACAGCAGCCUUCGCAGCCUGCGAUCAUGCAAGCAGUGUCACCUCCGGUGAGCGGGCAGUACACACGUCCUGCUCAACCACAGGCACAGUCCCAACCCCCACAAAACUUCACUACGGCUGACUUUCAGAGAAGGCAAGAGGAGUUAGAAAGAAAAGCUGAAGAGUUAGCGCGGAGGGAAGCGGAGCUGCGCGCUGGAUCGGCCGGCCGACGGAACAACUGGCCACCACUGCCUGCCUUCUGCCCCAUACAGCCAUGUUUCUAUCAAGACAUCAAUGUGGAUAUACCACUGGAAUUCCAGAGGAUCGUGCGCCACCUCUACCACCUAUGGAUGUUCCACGCCUUGGUUCUAACACUGAACAUAAUUGGCGGCAUGUCACUGAUGUUCGCUGGUAACGGUUUCACGACGUUCGGUCUAUCAAUCCUGUAUUUCAUACUGCUGACGCCCUUCAGUUUCGUCUGCUGGUACCGGCCGAUCUACAAAGCGUUCAGAAGUGACUCCUCCUUCAACUUUAUGGUGUUCUUCUUCAUAUUUCUGUUCCAAAUCAUCAUUACUGUUGUGCAGUCCAUUGGAUUCAGCGGUGGAGGUUCCUGUGGACUGAUCACCAGCAUCGGCGCUUUCAAAACGAACGUUGCAGUCGGAAUCAUCACUUUGAUGGUCACCAUUGGAUUCAUUAUGUGUGUCGUCGUUGACGUCAUGUUAAUGGCAAAGGUUCAUCGCAUCUACCGGUCAACGGGCGCUUCCCUAGCGAAGGCGCAAGCAGAGUUCACGACGGAGAUAUUGCGCAACCAACAUGUUCAGACAGCUGCCUCGAGCGCCGCGGCCGCCGCCGUCAACGCGCAGAUCGCUAACGCUAACCGGUAUUAGUCAACGGCCAACGUAUAGCAUGUCUUACAGUGUGGAAUAAAUGUGUCGCUGGAGUCUGCAUAUCGAGAUAGUACGCAAUACCUUCAUCAAUCAAGAUACCUAUAGUAUUCUUCUGAUAUUAAAACAAACAUAUUUGCAUAUUCUCGGACACAGACAUUAUUGUCGCGAAUUAUUAUUAUAAUGUCCAUCGCGUUUUAUCAUAAACUUGUAUUCUACCUAAAGUGCGAUCAAAUUUAACGGCAGCUUGGGGAAUACAAAGCGUUCUUACUUCACUGCUCGCAUUAUGAAUUACUAAACAUAGAACAUUUUAUGUGAUUGGUGUAAAAUCAGUUCAUUCGUGAUAUCGUACAGUUUUGAGGUAGCCCCGUGUGUUGGAAGUCUCGGCCAAAAUGUCCUAUGGCUGUGUAAUAAUUGUUAUUUAAACAAUUAAUUGAACUAAUUUAUGCAAAGUUUGGCGUUUCAAUUAUUAAUUAAAUGUAUAGUGCAACACCUAAUAGAGUUAUAAGUAGUUUUCUAUCCAACUGUUGUGUUAAUAAUGGAACUUCACUGUUGUCGUUUUCAUUAAAAUAAAUGUGAUUAAAUCAGAAUCAAGACUAUUAUUUUUUCAUCUCUAUUUUUUGUCGCACUGUACUUAUUAGACAGCAUUUGAAUAUUUACUAAGAUAAUGAUAACGAUAUUUAUUCAAUAACGAUAUAUUAUUACGCCACUAAUUAGUUAUUUUGCUAGCUGUAACGAUUACUUUUAAUCGACAUGAGCUUACGAACGCUUUAAGAUCUACGUACCUACUAAACGUGGAAUACACAUAAUAGUGUUUACCAGGGUUUCAUUAUUGCUGAAUGUCUAUUUCAUUACUCAUAAAGCGGGUGAUAUUUUUGUACACAGAUUUUGCUUAGCAAGUUCUUCGUAAAUUGUCAUCUCUUGCUCUUAGUAACUUGCAUGUAUCUUGAUGUCGUCUACUAAUGGUACAUACUGCAUAACUCGCCAUCGGGCGAUUAUUCAAAUUAAAUCAUCGUUUGUUUGCAAAUAAACUGUUGUUUACUUUUUAAUAGUUGUAUUUUUAAAUAUUUUGUUAACAUUCCAAAAAUAUGAUAUGUAAAUAAUAAAUAAAUAUCCUUUGAAUGUUUAAAUUUAAAGUUUAAUGAAUGUUUAAAAGUCUUCAUGUAACAUCGCUAAUAAAUGUAUUGUAUUUGGACCAUUUACUUAAUCGUUAGUGUUUCCAAGUGUGUGACUCCCUCUUGCCCUGCGUUGAGACUAUCUAUUAGAUGCACAAGACUUCGAUUUUAGUAUUUAUCGUUGUAUAAAUAUAUAGUGUAAGUUGGUAAACAUUUAAGCAUAUUAUUAACUAGUCAAUGGACUAAACAGCUUCGGGAACUAAUACAAAUACAAUAGAUGCCGCUUGCGAAAUGUAUCUUAGUAAAGAUGUGACCGCCCAUUAUUGGGGCGCGACGGUACGUACGUAGGUAUGUUAUGUAUAAUCUGGGCCUAGCAUAAUGUAAAUUACUUAUUUACCAGACCGUCCUUACCCCAGAUAAAUGGUAAGCGAAGGCGUGUAGAUUUAUCUAAAUGUUUAAACUGUUUUGUAACGAUUAAGUCAUGUUAUAAACUUAUGAUUAAUAAUAAAUAUAGUUUCAGAAAUUACUCUUUUAUUUCCUAACACUUCUGAAAUAACCCCAAGAUAUUGUGCAUUAGGUUAUAAGUUUUUGUACAGGACAAGUAAACGACCGAAAUGUUUAAAAACACAUUUUUCAUACGUUUCGUUAUCUUGAGACAUUCAAUAGACAUAUAUUUUUUUUUGAAGUUUUCAAUUUCUCCAUGUAUAAUUGCAACAUUGAGUUAUUCGCGUAUUUUCUCAUUUCACGGAGAAUUUGUGAUUGAACGAAAAUUUUUAUUUUG